CACAUUUCUAAAGACUUUCAUUAUCAUGUGACUCACAGGUACGUCGUCCUGACGGCCAAACAUCAUGAGGGAUUCACUAACUGGGCGUCUCCUUAUUCCUGGAACUGGAACUCCGUGGACACUGGUCCUCACAGAGACCUCGUGGGCGACCUGGGAGACGCAGUGCGCAACAAGUCAUUGCACUAUGGACUCUACAACUCUCUUUAUGAGUGGUUCAACCCUCUCUACCUGGCUGACAAGAAGAAUGGAUUUAAAACACAGUAUUUUGUGACACAUAAACUUCUUCCAGAGCUUUAUAACAUGGUCGUAAGGUACAAACCUGAGCUGAUCUGGUCUGAUGGGGACUGGGAAGCACCUGACACCUACUGGAACUCCACCGAGUUCCUUGCCUGGCUCUAUAAUGACAGCCCAGUCAAAGACACAAUCGUGACCAAUGACAGGUGGGGAGCUGGCUGCGCCUGUAAACAUGGCGGCUACUUUAACUGUAAGGACAAGUACACUCCAGUUCAGUUGCCCGACCACAAGUGGGAGAAGUGCAUGUCUGUGGACAGGUUAUCGUGGGGUUACAGGCGGAACAUGAAGCUGAUUGAACUGAUGGACUUACCCUCCAUCAUAGAGGAUAUGGUUCGUACCGUGGCUCUGGGAGGGAACUACCUCCUGAAUGUGGGCCCCACACCUGACGGGAUGAUCCCUGUUUUGUUCGAGGAGAGGCUCAGGGGUGUAGGGGGCUGGCUGGAUGUCAACGGCGAGGCCAUCUACGCCUCUAAACCCUGGAGGCUUCAAAAAGGGAACAGCACCAUGCCAAUCUGGUAUACAUCUAAGGGGACCACCGUCUAUGCCAUCAUGGUAACCAAACCGUCUGAGUCCAUUGUCAAACUGUUGGAACCCAAAACAUCAGCUAACACCAAGGUCACCAUGUUGGGGAAUCCAAAGUCUUUACCCUGGUCUCCAAUCAGUCCCAGCUCUGGCCUUAUUGUCCUGCUGCCCCAGCUGCCCUACAGCCCUGGUGAGGCAUGGACCCUGAAACUGGAAGGUGUCCAGUGAUCCUUAAACACCUGGAGAGUUCAACCUCUGCUAUCUGACCGGGGGUUCCACUUCAUAAACUCAGGUUAACAUUAUGUAGGGUAAAGGGGAAACUUAUACACUCGGGUUGAAAAGACAACACUUGUGUAUUAGAUUUAAAUUUUUUCCAAAAAUGAAAUAACGGGACGUUUGUCUUUGUUGAAUCCUCUGUGACGUGUAAUGUGCCACUGACUUUUAUAUGUGCUCUUUUUUUUAAUGAUUCUAAAUGAAGAGGGCAAUCUGUUCAGUUUAAUUGAAUUUUACCUACAAUGCACUUUUUAUAUUUUUACUGUUAACUUGGAUGAAACAUUUCUGGAUUGUGUGAUUACUGAUUGUGGCCAGAAAUAUGUAAAAUGUUUAAGAUGAAUUAAAGUACUUUUAUUCACUGUC